CCUGGUGACCACCAGUAGUGCCCAAACGGAUUAUAAACCUUGAGAUUUGAACCUUGACAGCUUUCCAAACCAGUAAAACACAAGAAGAAGAACCAUGAGCACGGCUGCCGUUCAGCAAAACCGGCCUUUCAACAGGGCCGUCAGAAAGAUCAAGGUGGCUUCGACGGUGAACAGCCUGGCCAAGAGCUGGCAAAGCUGGGCAAAUAAACACACCGACAAGCAAGACACAAUUCCAAGUGGCUGGAUGCCCGACACCAUCAUUGAGGACGAGAAAGAAAAGCAGAAGGAGAAGAGUGAGAUGAAACUCUUGGUCACACCUCGUGUGGUAUCGGUGAAUAGCGAAGACUGUGCGGACAACCAGAUCAAGACCAUAACCGUGACUAAAGCCAUCAUACCAAAAUGUAACGAAUACGAAAAAGACCUAGUGAGCGUCAUCAAGGAGAAGAUCAACACCAAUCAGCUAACAUCAGAGGACACCAAAAACUUCCUUGGCAAUGAAUCUCCCACCAGGAGACGUUACUGUGGUGGGAAAGCUGGAACUUUGGCGAAGGCGCUUGGAAGGAAAGAUGAAAAGACAAUGGGAUCCCGAAGUAGCAGUUUAGAUGCAGAGGACAGUGGUCUUGGGGAGGAAGCGUCUCUGAGCGACAACAGUGAUCAGAACGAGAACGAACCGAAGAAACAUGUCAGCAGACACAAGAUUAAAAUAGCUACGAUGAAUGACCUGAAGAGCAGGUGGCAGCAGUUCGCUAAAGAACACAUUGAGGGUCAGAAGCUCAACCCUUUCAGUGAAGAGUUUGACUUUGAGCAUGCAAUGGCUAUUCGACUCCACAAGGGCGACGCAGGAUACGGACGGCCCAAAGAGGGAUCCAAAACAGCCCAGCGUGCCGAUCGAGCCCAGAAACACAUCCAUCGUGAGAUGGAUGAGAUGUGCUUUAUCAUUCGCGACAUGGGCCAACGCGAUAAGGAUGGACAUAUCUGGGUUACCUUCGGCCGCCUGUUUGACCGUUAUGUUAAAAUUUCAGAUAAAGUUGUGGGAAUCUUGUUGCGCUGUCGCAAACACAAGAUGGUGGACUUUGAGGGCGAGAUGCUCUGGAAGGGCCAGGAUGAUGAUGUUAUAAUCACGUUACUGGUUUAAUGUUCUGAAAAUAUGCUUUGCUAAAAUAUAGCUAAUAAUAGCAGUGUCAGGGAUUAACUUAUAACUAAUAGUAACUUCUUUUUUUUUAGUAGUGUGAUAGUAGCUCAAUUCUUUUCAAAAUACUGUAGCUUUUCCACUGAAAUAAAGUAAUGAAGUAGCAUGUCAAAAUGGUACAUUGCUGUGUUUUACACAUUGCAAAAGCUGUGCAAAUUUAAACAAAGAUUGUUUUGAUGCUAUUUUUUUUUUGCUCCUGAUAAAAACUACUUUCAAAAAGGUAGCUUGAGUGUAGUUGAACUACUUUAAGAAGCUAUCUAGUUUCAAAUUAGCCCCUAUUACACUAUUUAUAAUUUUAUUUAACAGGAUGAAAUAGUAGAACCUUGAGAACGUUCCAGAAAUCUGAUGAACUCUCUGAGAUGAACAUGUGCUCUUCUGGUGCAUGAUGUGUUUUAAAAGUGUCGUCAGGGUUUAGUUUUAGUGGUGAGGAGCUUCAUAUUUGAGAUGGUGAAAGGGCGACUCCUCGCUCACAGUUUACACAAGGGAAUGGACGGUUCUCAUCUCUGCCUCCUCACGCAUCAAACAUCAGGCAUCCUCUGAAUGCUUAGUACACCAGCCUUGAUGUCCAGACAUGUUGUGGAAAUAAUCUCAUGUUUCAUACUUCAUGCUGGCCCUGUGAGAUCAGAGUUAGGGUUUCUUUUAUGUUUUUGCACAAUUAGAAAUUCCCAUCUGAAUAUUUUGUUCAUUUGCGUCUAUUUUCAAACAUUUGCUGUUGUUGUAUUGUCCACUGUUUGUUCGCUCAUUUUAAUAACCUCUUUCAAAAUGAAAGCAUGAUGGUCUUCUUACAGAAGGAUUUGUUAUAAAUACUUGAAUAUGUAGUAUAAAAAAAAAAAAUUAUUUGAUGUGGAAUUAUUCUUCUGUCAGUUAAGGAUGAAAUAAAACCACAGAAAAUACAACAUUGA